ACCCAGACAAAUCGGCAGAGAUGGCAGCGCUGUGGGCUCUUCUGUGCCUGGCCUUCCUCGGCUCUUCCUACGGCUGUGGAAUCCCAGCCAUUAAACCAGCUCUGAACUUCAACCAGAAGAUUGUCAAUGGAGUAAAUGCUGUGUCAGGCUCCUGGCCCUGGCAAGUGUCUCUGCAGGACCAAAGUGGUUUUCACUUCUGUGGAGGUUCCCUCAUCACCCAGAACUGGGUCAUCACAGCUGCUCAUUGCAACGUGAGCCCAGGCCGUCACCUGGUUGUCCUUGGAGAAUAUGACCGCUCAUCUAAUGCAGAACCCAUUCAGGUCAGGAGUAUCUCAAAGAUCAUCACCUACCCUGGCUGGAAUCCCAACACCAUGAACAAUGACCUCACCCUGGUCAAGCUGUCCUCCCCUGUCCAAUUCACCUCUCGGAUCUCCCCCAUCUGUCUGGCCACCGACAACAACAUUCCCCAGGACUACACCUGCGUCACUACCGGCUGGGGCCGCACCAGUGGCGUAGCCAACACCACCCCAGCCCGGCUCCAGCAGGUGGUCCUGCCCCUGGUGACCGUGAGCCAGUGCCAGCAGCAUUGGGGCAGCCGCAUCACAGACGCCAUGAUCUGUGCAGGAGGCGCCGGAGCCUCUUCCUGCCAGGGUGACUCCGGGGGCCCCCUCGUGUGCCGCCGUAGCAGCCUGCCACAAGCACCUUGGAUCCAAGUUGGCAUCGUGUCCUGGGGGACAAGCAACUGCAACGUCCGGGUACCAGCCAUGUACACACGCGUCAGCAAGUUUUACUCUUGGAUCAAUCAGAUGGUGUCCAGCAACUAAAGAGCUUGAAAAAGGAGCCCACUCAAACCCAAAUGCCCUUCCUCUCUAUUCCCUGAAGCACAAUAAAUUCCCCAUCUUCUCCCAA